CUUAAAAGCCUAAAAGAGACCCCUCUCUCCCUCAACAACUCUUUUGUCUCAGAGCACCAGAGCAGAGAUCUGGUAAUCAGCUAUAAAUCAAAACCCAAUUUCUUUAGGUGUCUCGCUCGCUAUUCGUCAUGGCGACGCUGCCACUGAAGGCUUUGACGCUGACCCACGUGCGGUACCAGAGGGGGGAUCCGCUGGGGUACUUCCUAGCGUGGGUCUCGCUAGUGCCGGUCUUCAUCAGCCUUGGCGGAUUCGUCUCGCACUUCUUCUUCCGGCGCGAGCUCCAGGGCAUGUUCUUCGCUCUGGGCCUCAUAAUCUCGCAGUUCAUCAACGAGUUCGUCAAGACAUCGGUCGAGCAGGCUCGCCCCGAGACCUGCGCUCUGCUCGAGACGUGCGACUCUCACGGCUGGCCCUCCAGCCACUCCCAGUACAUGUUCUUCUUUGCUGUGUAUUUUACGCUGUUGACGUGUAAAGGGAUUGGGUUCUGGGACACGACGAACAAGUGGGUUGUGAAUUUUUGGCCUUGGUCUCUUGCAUUUUUCACUAUGUAUUCUAGGGUGUAUUUGGGGUACCAUACCGUUGCCCAAGUCUUCGCUGGGGCUAUUCUGGGGGUCUUUCUUGGGGCCCUGUGGUUCUGGGUGGUGAAUUCUGUGCUUUCCCCUUACUUUCCGGCCAUCGAGGAGAGCGCAUUUGGGAGGAUGUUCUAUAUUAAGGAUACGUCUCAUAUACCCAAUGUGUUGAAGUUCGAGUACGACAAUGCCAGGGCUGCGAGGAAAAACUUGGCUUCCAAGAGCAAUUAAACCAUGAAAUUCAUCUGGAUGCCUCAUCAGCUAGGUGCUUUGCAGGAUAUUGGUUUAGCAAUAGGACUGGCAUAUUGUUUUUUGAUGGUAAGUGAAACGUGCACCUGAUGGGUUUUGAAGCCCCAACCACACCCUCUGCCGUGUACUUUUAUGGGGAGGAGGAGGAGGAGGUGUCAUUUGAGCUUGAGCUCAUUGGCAACUGGCAUACUUUUACACGUAAAAUAGAUCACUGUUUAUGGAUUUAUUCUGUUUUAUAGUUUAUUGACAGUUGAGGAAAAGCAUUCCAGAAGGAGCAAUAUGCUGGCCCCCAACUAUAAUAAAUUUUGAUUUGGUUUGUAUCUGUCUUAAGUUAACGGUCCUCGAAAAUAAAUAGGUUAUUUUUCU